GCCCCGCUUCGAAACGGGAGCAAAUUUAUACGCUUUCAGCAAAGGGAAGAUGUCCUGCAUUGUUUGGCGCGUCCUCAACAAAAAGUGCAGCAAGGCGCGGCAACUCCUCAGAAAUGGUCUUCAAAUCGCUCAUUUUGCAUGUGUGGUGCAAUUGGAGCAGAGGCGGCGCUGCCUCUUGCCAGCCGUAGAUGCACCCCCAAAGAAGCCCGCAGCACCCCCGAAAAAGGAUUUGGCUGAUCUCCUUUCAUCGUACUUGGCGCCGUUUUUCGCAUUUUACGACGCACUUGAGCCUGUUCUGGAGGCGGAGGCGCGAAUUUUGUGUAAAACUCAUUUCGGGGGAGAUCUGGAUGCAUUUGAAACCCUUUUUCUGCGGCCUGCCGCACAACUUCUCCAUCAGAAACCAAAGUGGUUGGCGCCGCUGGAAGCCACUCUUGGCGGCGUCGCAGUCAUUUUGGUGCACAUCGGUGAGGCUCCGGACGCGAGUUUCGCGACCGGCGCCCUUCACUGCUGCCUCCGGCCUUCUUCCUUCGGGGGCGUGGAGGCGUCGCUCACGUGGCGGGGGCCGCUCGGGCAGCUGCGGAGGCGGCCCGCCGGCCCCCUCGCUCCCAUGACGGCCCCGACCGACUCGGCCGUCCUGCUCGUCGCCGCGUCCGGCUCUGCGGGAAACGUGGCAAUCCGUCCGGCGCCGCUGCACCUCUUGGAGCGCAUCCCGCACAUCGACUCGGACGACGACGAGCCGCCCCCGCAUACGCCACCUCCACCGCCUCAAAAUACGGGCGACGACCAGCCGCCCCCUGCAGCCCCAACAGCCGCCUCUCAGCUGCCUGCAGGACUGCUCAGCUCGGGCUUCUUUGCACUCGCAGACACGGAGGACUGCGAAGGCGCCGCCGUCGUGGUCGCCGGCGGCUCCCGCGAACCCUAUCCUGCCCCUCGCCAAGCCGGCCAACUUCUGACCUACCUAGCUUUGCUCGUCGAGAGGAGAUGGAAAUUUGAAGAUAAUGAGAGCAAUCCACCCCCACUCACCCUUUAUGUGCCACGGUUGGAGUCGACGGCGGUGCUCGACCUGAUCGAUCGCUCGUUGUUUGCCGCUCAGGGAUACGGAACUCGUGUCGAGAGGGUGGUUGUCAGACGUCAGCCUGGAGGAGCUCCGGCCAAAUCGAGGAGAAUUCUGCCAAUUAGCAAAGUCAAGUUGCAUGUUGUUGGAGGCGACGGAUCAGCCCUGCGUCGAUUCUUCCCCGACGGUUCGCCCCCAGUUCCUGCCUACCCUGAGCGUCCGCACCUGUGGGCGCAACUGCUGCAGGAGGCGGAGGAGGUGGAGGCGGCGUGUUCGGGGGCGGACCGCCUCCAGACGGCCUCCGAAUUGCAACAGCGGCUGUCCCAGAUCGAGCUCAGGGCCCAGAACGAAGCCUGUCCCUUCCUGAGGAUUGGCCUCAAGAGAGCGGCCGCCGCCGUGGCCGCCGUCAGACAGGCAGAACGGCCAGAGGCCGUAAAGAGACUACAACAGGAAUUGUCAUGGUUUGACAGCGAAGGUGAAAGGUCACUGGCAGACCUUUUGGCCGCUGCUGAGGGACCACCAGAAGGGCCUCCGGACCCUCUCGGCGGAAACCGAUUCCACCUGCUCUACCUCGAAGCCCUGCGGCACAUGGAGCGCGCGUCCGACCUGGCAGAGGAGGCGGCCGGAGGUCACUCGGACGCUGGGGGCGGCACACUUUCAACUCUGGCCCGCUCCCUGAAACAGCACCUCCGAGGUUUCGGCGGCCGCUUGGAGGAGGCGCGCGAACGCUUCGAGGACGCGCAUCGCUGUCUUGCUCUCGUGGCAAAGGCGGAAGAAUGGGCAGCUGAAGCGGACAGUCGGUUGCGCGAGGCGGACGAAAAAGCUUUGCGCCUUCACGUGAUGGCCCACCCGGCCCCCUGCACCUCACACCUUGCAGAAAUGGCGCAACUGGCGAGGAAGCUCAGAAACGCGAAAUUAGCGGAUCACUGCCUUGACGCGGAAUCGCGAUGUCUGGCGACGAUGGAGACGGUUCGCAAUCGUCUCUCGGGGGCAGCGCCUUUUUCCGCCAACUGCUCCUGCUGGCCCGAACCGCAAACACCAGCGUGGCCUGACGAGGAGGGCAGCAGCAGUGUCGCAUCCGUCGCCUCCGACGACCAAAAGCACAGUGAAUGUACAAAGGAGGAAGAAGUGGACGCAGCGGUUGAGAGAAGCCCGCUGACUCCGAAUGCUCAUCUCGAGCAGCUACAGACACCACCCCUAGAGGCCAUCGACCCUGCCGCAGAUCCAAAUGUGGCAAAAACGCAAAGAACUUUGCUUUUGAUCAUGAGGGAAAUGAUCCAGACUGAAAGAGACUAUGUCAGGGCGCUCGAGUAUGUGAUCGAGCACUACAUACCAGAGCUGUUGCGUGACGACAUCCCUCAGGCGCUGCGUGGCCAGCGAAACGUGGUCUUUGGCAACAUCGAGAAGAUCUGCGAGUUUCACCGACACUUUUUCCUGCUUGAGUUGGAGAAGUGCGAGAAGAGACCUCUUGCAGUGGCCAACAUUUUCCUCAAAUAUGAGGACAAAUUUUACCUGUACGCGCUGUACAACAAAAACAAGCCCAAGUCGGACUGUCUCUUAAUUGACUACGGCGCUGCUUUCUUCAGGGCUAAGCAGCUCGAGUUGGGUGACAAAAUGGACCUGGCGAGUUACCUGCUGAAGCCAGUCCAGCGAAUGGGCAAAUACGCCCUUCUCCUGCAGCAAAUGCUCAAACAGGCUGCCGGAGGCCAAGCGGCCGAUCUGGCCGCUGCAGAGGCCAUGGUGCGCUUCCAGCUGAGACACGGAAACGACCUGCUUGCCAUGGAUUCACUCACAAACUGUGAUGUAAAUCUGAAGGAGCAGGGUCGCUUGCUGCGCCAAAAUGAAUUCAUCGUCAACCAGGGACCUCGAGGCCGAAAGUGUGUUCGGCAUGUUUUCCUUUUUGAGGAACUCAUCCUCUUCAGCAAAGCUCGCAAGUUCCCUGAUCGAAAGAACUUGGACCUUUUUGUCUACAAGAGCAGCAUAAAAAUGACGGACAUCGGCUUGACUGCGUUGGUGGCGGAUGCGCCAAACAAAUUCGAAAUCUGGUUCCGUAAACGGAAGCCCAGUGACACUUUUACUCUCUAUACAUCCUCGUCUGACAUCAAAGCCGCGUGGACUAAAGAAAUCUCUACCCUCCUUUGGAAACAGGCACUCAGAAACAGAGAAGUGCGACUUGCAGAAAUGUCAAGCAUGGGAAUAGGCAACAAGCCUUGUCUGGACAUCCGACCCAGUGGAGACCAGAUUUCGGACAGGUCAAUCGGCCUUACACAGCUGGCAAAAGCUGGAGCUCGAUUUCGAAGCUCAGUGGCGCUAAGUUCGGCCGAAAGGAGGCCACGGAGGCCCCACUCGGUUGUGUCGGUGGCCUCGUCAUCGUCCUCCUCUGCAGGAUCCAACUACGGUUCAGGCGAGAAUUCCACCAUGCGUUCAAACACCCUCAACAGCCACUCAUCUCUUGAAAGCGGCAUCAUCUCUGAUUUGAGUGCCAGCUUGGAGGAGUCGUGGCCUCCAGAGGCGGCUUCUGCAGCCACUCCGUGACCUUCACACGACACACCAGUCGAAACCAGUCGUUUACCAAUGAAGUCCAAUCAAAUCGCGAGCCAACUUUUUAAUAACUAGCGGUUAAGAUUUACACUUUAUAACAAUAAAAAAACACAAAGAUUAUAUUCUCUUUCUUGUAAGUGAGAGUUUCUCAGUCGUAAUUUGUAUUUAUAUGUAUUUGUACAUUUUUUCUGAAAGUGAGUGACUGUAUUUAAUAAAUAAAGAGGUAUUAAUAAAUAAGAUUAA